GUCAGAUUUUGCAGUAUUCGGAUGACAAAGCAGAUAAGAAAAUUGAGUUGAGCCACUCCUCGCUCCAUUCCCCAGUGCGCUGCAGGGAGAAGAGAUGGCAACCGUGUCUGUGUUCGGUCCUCCCUUGUCCACCGCCGUCUGCAGAGUCCUCGCCUGCCUCUUCGAGAAGGGCGUCGACUUCGACCUCGUCAACGUCGAUCUCUCCAAAGGCCAGCACAAGUCCCCCGACUUCCUCAAGAUCCAGCCAUUCGGUCAAGUGCCGGCGUUCCAGGACGAGCACACGUCUCUAUUUGAGUCGAGAGCUAUCUGCCGUUACAUCUGCGACAAGUACGCCGACAGGGGCCCCAGCCUUCUCGGUCGCAAGGGCGGCGGGCCGGCAGCGCGGGCGCUGGUGGAGCAGUGGCUGGAGGCCGAGAGCCAGAGCUUCAACCCGCCGAGCUCGGUCCUGGCUUUCUAUCUCGCCUACGCCCCCCGAAUGGGGAUGCCGCAGGACCCGGCCACGAUCGAGAAGAACGAGAACAAGCUCGGGAAGGUGCUCGACGUGUACGACUGUCGGCUCGGGGAGAGCCGGUUCCUGGCAGGGGACGAGUUCUCGCUCGCCGACCUCUCCCACCUCCCUAAUGCCCAUUUCAUCAACGCGGGUGGGAAGGGAGGGAUGUUCGAAUCGAGGAAGAACGUGGCCAGGUGGUGGGAGGAGAUAUCAGCGCGGCCGGCAUGGAAGAAGACGGUCGAGAUGCAGAGCGCGCCACCUGCUUGAAGAUUUGACCUACUGUAGGUAAUGCGUUCUCUGUGUGAUGCGUUUAAAUAAUCAACUUACUUGUAGCUGCGUUUCAACUCAUGACACAUUUUGUAUCCUUUUGGUACAACCUCUAAGUCGCAAUGCGUGCAAAUUUCAUCUA